ACUAUGACCUAUAGUGAUCUCUGCUACAUUUAAGGAUAUAACUACACAUUCUACUCGCGAAUAAAAGUGUUUCAAAAUAAAAGAUUCCCCAAUUGAAUAAUUCGACAAUAGCUUUUGAUAUAAAUAGCCCAUAUGACUACAUAGAAAAACAGUUAGCCUAUAAAGUUAUUUGGAUGCAUGUCGAACAAUUCUUUCAAAAGGAGUGAUUUCUGCUCGUCAAGUAACGGAAAGACAGCAAUUGAGUGCAGCGCCACUUCAACCAAAUUCAACAGAUAUGACUGAAGCUUGCCAAAAAAUCGGGGCCACUCCUGAUGAGCGGCGUACAACAGCGCCCUCGUCAAUCUCCUCCUUCACGGCUAUAUUCAUCAUCACCAAUGCGGCACUGGGAGUGGGCACUCUCAACUUCCCAGAGGCAUUUGCCAGUUCAGGGGGACUCAUGGCCAGCAUACCCAUACUUAUUUUCUCGGGGAUCAUGUGCGGACUGUCUCUGGGAGUGUGUGCACUGGCCAAUUGGGAGAGUGGGGAGAGGGAGUUCUACCAGGCAGUGCGCUUCUACGCAGGGGGAGCACAGGAGGCCUUAUUCCAUCUCACCCUCAUCCUCGCAUACGUGGGCACAUGUACCAUGUACAUGGUCACAGUCGGCGACCAGUCCGAUGAAAUAGUGGUGCGCAUUUUCGGCAAAGACACCUACUGCGACUCCUGGUUCUUAGAUAGAAAGAUUACCAUCACUGUUCUCAGCACACUGGUCAUUUUGCCCCUCUGCCUGGCUAAGAGUCUGGAGUUCCUCAAGUACCCCAGUCUGCUGGCUGUUCUGUCCAUGUUGUACCUAACAUCAAUCAUUGUGGUGGACUACUUCCUGAAUGGAGCCACAAAUCAGGCACAAGUCGAUAAAGUCCCAGAAGACUUGGUGGGGUUGUUUAAUGCCUUUCCUACCAUGGUAUUGGGAUACCAGUGUAUGUCAAAUGGGUACUCAGUGUUUGGGCUGAUGGCCUCGCCCACCCCUUUCAAGUACUCACUGUCCAUAGUGGGAAGUGUGGCCAUCAUGACUUUCAUCUACUUUCCAGUGGCCACUUGUGGAUAUCUCAGGAAUGGCAGAAAGAGCAAGACCAAAUGUCAGAAAAUGUUCGAGCAAAAAAAUUGUGCAUAUUUUUGAAAAAUUAUCUCAUCUGCCCAUAUUUUCCGGGUGAGUGGCAAUAUCCUGCUGGACUAUGACUCCAGUGACAACACAGUGUUGGCGGCACAGGUGGCCGUGCUAGUCGCUGUCAUGAUGUCAUACCCCACCAUAUUCUCCAUCACAAGAGCGAGUAUAGACAAAAUCUGGGUGGCCAGCAGAAGUCGUCUGAGUCUCUGCUACAAUGCUGAGAGGCAUGACAGAGUGAGGAGGAUUGUGAUUGCAGUUGGCCACUUUCUGCUCACCCUAGCAGUGGCUCUCUUUCUGCCAAAUAUCAGUGUGGCUGCCGCAUUCACUGGCUCCAUGUCUACUUUCCCCUACUUCAUAUUCCCAGGGAUCUUCUUAAUUCAAACUACCUAUCUCAACGAAAAAGGCCAAUUCAUUCAUCUCUUGAGGUCCAAAAAAGACCAGCAUAGACAAGAGUCCUUUGCCACUGGGUUCAAUGGUGAACUACGAGGAACAGAACUUCUCGAGAGCGGACAAGGGGACGAGAGGAGGGCAAGUUGGGGGGAGACGAGCGAUGAAGUGUUUUUACGCAAUCAGAGGGGGGAGGAGCAACGAGAUGCGGAGGAGCAUCAGGCUACCCAGUCCCAAGGCUAUUGGAGGCACUCCCCUACGGAUUCUUACCUAUUCACGAACAAACAUAAAAACGGAUGUCUCUCUUGGAUAUUAAGAAUAACAGGGGUAGUUUUUUGCGCUCUCGGAGUUUUCAUACUUGGUCUUGGAUUUGCACAUGCUUUUGAGACCGUCAAUGUACCCGAGACAUCAAAUAUUGAGUGCAAAUAAUCAAUUGCAUAAUGAAUUAGUUUUUUUUUACAAGCUAAUGAGUAUAAAUAGUUGUUAGAUUUGAAUAUAUAAUCAAUCUUGAGUUGAGCU